AUGGCUAAGUUUUUGAGGGACACCCCCUUGGGUCAAUUGAUCCGACUAGUUUCACAAGGCCACCUUCUCCAAUAUCCAGAAGACGGAAAUGGACUCGAAAUCUUAAACAACAAACGAUCGCAGCCGGUAAAUCCAGCUGCUGAACCUCCAGCCACCGCCGAAGCCGACCCUGAAGUGCUGGCCAAAAAGGGCACCAACGUGGAGGACCUGGUCAUAGUCGACUGGUACAGUCCGACGGACCCCGAAAACCCGCGCAAUUUCUCAACGACGAAGAAGCUAUGGUCGAGCUUCGUCAUCUUUCUCUACACAUUUGUGGUCUACUGCACCUCGUCCAUCACAACACCGUCCUACCCGUACAUCGCACCUCAGCACGGCCUCGGUGAGACCGCUGUCUCCCUGAUCCUCGCUCUCUACGUUCUUGGCUACGCCCUGGGCCCGUUGCUGUUCGCACCCUUGUCGGAAAUACCAUGGAUCGGCCGCAACAUCCCAUACUGGGCCUCCUUCCUCCCCUUUCUCGCCUUCUCCAUCGCCCUCACACAAGUCCAGGACCUCAACUUUGCCACCAUCUGCGUCCUCCGCUUUUUCCAGGGCUACUUCGGCUCCCCGAUCCUGGCCACUGGCGCCGCUUCCUACGACGACCUCUUUGACGAGUUCGAAUCACCAUACGGCUACAUGCUUUGGCUCGGCGCCAUGUACGCCGGACCUGCAGUCGGCCCGCUCUUGUCGGGCUACGCCGUCGUCAGGGACUUUAGAUGGCCAUACUGGGAGGUAGCGAUCAUGGCAGGAGGACUGUUCCCGCUGGUCCUGUUGUUGCCCGAAACAAGCGCAGAUUACAUCCUUCUUCAACGAGCAAAGCGCAUGAGGAACCUCACACGCAAGCCCGAGUACCGGGCACCAUCAGAAAUCAAGAGAUUGAACAUUGCAAAAGUGUUUACGGACGCGAUGAUCAAGCCGACUGAAAUCGCAAUCAAGGAUCCCGCCAUUGCCUUUGUCACCGUCUACGGCGGCAUCGUGUACGCCACCUACUACUCGUAUUUCGAGGCCUUCCCCCUGGUGUACCACGACAGAUACGGCUUCUCCGCCGGUGGCAUCGGGCUGAUCUUCCUUUCCGCCAUUAUCGGAGGUGGAAUCUGCGCCGUCAUCUACGCCCUCUACCUUCAGCUGUACUUCACCCCACGGGCUCGUGCAGAGGUGAAGCGGGUAGCCUCCGCUGCCGCGGCGGCCAACGACGUGAGCCACCCGCAGUCUGACGCCACGGGUCCGCAAAGACUGCACAUCAACGCAGCGAUCCCGCAGGAACGUUGGCUGAUCCCCUCGAUCCCAUUCAGCGUGCUCUGCCCCGCGGGCUUGUUCCUAUUCGCGUGGACCGCGACCGCAACCGCGCACGACGCCAACGGCACCGCGCACCCGACGUUCCACUGGAUCGUGCCGACCAUCGGCAUCGCACUUUUCUCGGGCGGCAGCUACGUUGUUUUCCAGUGCACCAUCAUCUACAUCUCCCUGUCCUACCGCAAGUACUUCGCCUCGCUGUCCGCCACUUACGACAUGUCGCGGGGAUCCAUGGCCGCCGGGGUGGUCAUGGGCAGCCGCGCCGUCUUCGUCAGCUGGGGCGUCGACAAGGGCGUCAGCGUGCUCGCCGGCGUCAGCGCCGCAGGGGUGCUGGGAAUGCUGUUUCUGUGGAAGUACGGGGCGGUGCUGCGAUCGAGGAGCACGUUUGCGGAGCGAUAG